UCAACUUUACUUGCAUAUGACGUUGCACAGGAAAUGCAAAAUGUGACUAGUCCAAAAUAAGUGUACUGUAUAUGAGGAAACAGAAGUUCCUGUAACUUGGCUGUCAUUUUUUUGAAAGAAGAUAGACUGAAAAAGAGAAGUUUACAGAUAUGAGUGAAGGCAACACGAGGCAUGCUUAGUUAUGAAGGCUUAGUGUUUUUAAUACUAACUCUGGAAAUAAUUGUAGCAACUGUUUAAGCGUUUUCUGUUCCAUCAAUUUAUUGGAUCAAUCCUUCUCUUUCUUGUUGAUAGAUGAAGCAUGAAUUUAAAGAAUUCUAUACCACAUAAUGAAGAGAAAAUAGAUUAUGAUUCAAUAGGAAGAGGUGCUGCAUGUGUCAUCAUUAUUGUAGGAGUCAUUUGUUGCUGCUAUAGAGCCAAAAAGAAAGGUGAAGCAGAUGAAACAGACUAUGCCAUAAUAGCUGCACUAAAACCUGAAGAAGAUGCUGACAAGAAUGUUAAAGAACCAGACUAUGCAGACGUAAAUGAAUUGAAGCCAUUAGAGGAAAAUAACACUGACUGCAAAGAACCUGAUUAUGCAGUGGUGGAGAAUCCUGCAUUGCCUCUGGAGGAAGAUGGCAACCAUAAUGGCAAAGAAUCAGACUAUGCAGAAGUCAAGGACCUGAAAGCAUCAGAAGAAGAUGAUACUAACUGUAAAGAAUCUGAUUAUGCGCUUGUGCAGAAUCCAUCACUAACAGAAAAUGUUAACGAGAAUGAGAAAGAAAACGAAUAUGCAGAUGUGAAUGAACUGAAAGCAUUGGAAGAAAAUAAUGCUGACCUUAAAGAAUCUGAUUAUGCAGUUGUGAAAAAGUCAGCCUCAAUUUCUGCAGAGGGUGAAGUUCAAGGUAAAAAUGACCCUGACUAUGCAGAAGUAGGCAGAUCAAGUAAGGAUACAAAUGGUGGACAGAUUAUAACAGAGUCUGACUAUGCAAAUGUAGAUGAACUAAAAUUGGCAGAAACUGAUGGAAUAAAUGCUGAAAAGUCUGACGAUGCUUUUGUGAAUACCACACAAUCAGAUGAUAAAGAUGCAACAAAUAUUGUAGAACCAAACUACACAGAAUUUUGUGAAAUCCAAGCAACUCAGAAUGAGAAUAACAGAGAAUCAGUCUAUAACGAUGUGCAGUCUUUGGAAGAUGAGGAAGAAGAUAACAACAGAGUGACAGUCAAUGAUGUGGGGCAGUCACUGAAAGAUGUGGAAGAAGAGAUUCUUCAAGGUGAAGCUGAAAUGGAGCAGAACCACACAACAUGACAAUUUAAUGAAACACAUAAACAUGUCUACGAAAGAACAGUUUAAAGAAAAAAAUUAAACACUAGAAUUUUGAAAAGGUUUCAUCAAAGUCCACAAGUAAAUCCCAUUAAAAUAUUGAGCUAUGAUCAAUAUG